GGAAAAUUUACAACAUGUGACACAAAUACAAAGGAUCCAUCAACUACUAUCAUGAAGUUCAAUUCCCACAAUUCAAUAUGAGCAAGACCCGGAAAUGAUGAUGAAAGUAGAGUAACCGAAUUUAUCUUUUUAAUCUUAAAAACUGAUGAAGAAAAAGAAAAUGUCGGUUACAUAUAUUUGUAUGAAUAAAUUAAAUAAAUUUAGGUAUUAAAAAAUGGUGUUUUUAAUAUCUUUUUUGAAAGUUUAUAAUUUUGACUCAUUUUUCUUUCUUUAUUUUUUUGACUCAUUUUUCUUUCUUUGUUCUUAUAUUAUUUUUGGGUUAUUUUCCUUUUUUGAAAUUAUAUAAAGAAGUAAAAGAGAUUUUUGUGACAAAUGAGAAUCAGAGUUUUUUUUUUUUUGACGGAAAAUGAGAAUCAGAGUUAGAAGCUACUGAAAGUGGAGAAUUUUUCCGCUUAGAAUUUUGAUUUUUCUCAUUCUAUUUCUUCAUUGCGAUUAAUAACUUGUUUUAGAUUAACAACUCCUAAUUCAGCUGCGUUCAUCACAUAAGCAAAAAAAAAUUAUGUUUUUUUGAGUUCAAAUUUUCAUAUCCAUCCCUUUCGUUUUCUUCCAUUAUGUGAAUUCAUAGGACGUCUGAGUUCUGAUACUGGCUACAAUGGGUACUAUACAAGGAAAUUUGUUGCUGUCCUCCUCGCGUGACCAAACAAUGAUAUCAAUGGAUGAGGAGCUUUGGUUUAAGGCUGAAGAGAGGGCACAGGAAAUACUAUGUAUAGUUCAACCUAAUGUUGUUUCUGAGGAGAACAGAAAGAAGAUUAUUGAUUUUGUUAAGAGGCUCAUUGGCGGCUACUAUGGGGGAGAGGUGUUCGUGUUUGGAUCAGUCCCACUGAAAACCUAUCUUCCAGAUGGAGAUAUUGACUUGACAGUUCUCUGUCAUGAAAGUGUAGAGGAGGAUUUGCCACAGGCAGUAUGCAAUCUACUAGGCAGUGGAGAGGACCUUGAAUAUAAAGUAAAAGACAUACAACACAUCCGUGCGCAGGUUAAGGUUGUGAAAUGCACAGUGAAAAAUAUAGCAGUUGAUAUCUCUUUCAAUCAGAUGGCUGGACUCUAUGCUCUGCGCUUUCUGGAGCAGGUUGACGAAUUUGUCGGGAAAAACCAUGUCUUCAAACGCAGUAUAAUCUUAGUCAAAGCUUGGUGCUAUUAUGAGAGCCGAAUUCUUGGUGCACAUCAUGGCCUGCUGUCAACAUAUGCAGUUGAAAUAUUAGUUUUGUAUAUUAUCAAUUGUUUUCAUUCAUCAUUGCACGGUCCUCUAGAGGUGCUGUACAGAUUUUUGGACUACUACAGCACAUUUGAUUGGGAGAAGAAUUAUGUCACCAUAGAUGGUCCACAAGCCUUAUCCUCCCUUCCCGAAAUUGUCGAGAAACCAGAAUGUGAUCGAGGUGGAUUGUUGCUCAGUAAAGAGCUUCUUAAAAAUUAUAGGGAUAUGUGCUCGGUUCCAAAAGCAUCUGAAACUUUUCCCCGUGAAUUUUCCAUCAAGUUCAUGAACAUUUUGGAUCCUCUAAAAAAUGACAACAAUCUAGGCCGCAGUGUCAACAAAGGCAAUUUACAUCGAAUUAGAUUCGCUCUUACCUUCGGUGCUCGAAGGCUUGAGGAGAUCCUUAAACUUCCAGGACAAAGCAUGGGUGGAGCACUUGAGGUGUUUUUCAUGAAUACCUUGAAUAGAAAUGGGAAAGGACAAAGGCCAGAUAUUGAUGUUCCCGUUCCUGCAUUUGGUACUGGAAAAUCUGAAGAGCCUGUCCUCGUUGGAGAUUGUGACAACUACUAUGGUGGCUUACAGUAUGUUCAGUUAUAUCGUAAUCAUGCCAUGCCGCUCCCUGCACAUUCGAGUUCCCCAUCAAUACCAUUUGAUUCUGUUGCACAUUCGAGUUCCCCAUUGAUACCAUUUGAUGCUGUUGCACAUUCGAGUUCCUCAUCAUUACCAUUUGACGCUGAUUUGCUUGCGCUACAACAAAACUGGUAUAUGUAUUAUCAUAGAGGGGCUGACUUAUAUGUCCCGAGACAGACAUUCAUUCCUCCAAAUGCUCCUCCUCCUCCACCAACUUUUAGCCUUGAAGACAUAGGGAAAUCGCGAGGAACUGGCACAUACAUACCUAACAUGACUCAUAGUACCUACUGGAAUUCCCGUGCAAGAAGUUCCAGGCCAAGGAGAUUCGGUCCUGGGAAUAAUGGUCAUGGGAAUAAUGGUCCUGGGAAUAAUGGUCAUGGGAAUGGUCAAAACAAUAAUAAUACUAACAAUAAUAAUGCAUCGUCCGAAUCAUCCGAGAGAAAGCAAAUAGAAGAGGUUCUUCCUGAGACUGAUAUGGAUGAUGAUGAUGAUGAUAAUAAUAAUAAUUCCAAGUCUUUUGAGCUCUCAAAUGAUGAUUUUCCUAUUCUCAAAUGCAUUGGCAACACCAGCUCCUCAGCAUCCCAAAAAUCUGAGCAGGACCAGAAAUCGGCACCGCCUCAAAUAAUUAUUGAGUUCGGAACUUACAGUAGCUCGCAACCACUGACAAAGCUGAGCUUGGGAACAAAAGAUCAGAAAGGGGAUUCUAGUGUUUCAUCCUCUCAAGGCGCUGCACCAGUUGUUCCAAGUCUUGCAGGGAAGGCGAAAGAGAAAUGUACUCGGAUCGAAGAGAAGAUGAAUUGACAUUUUAACCUAUAGGCGUUUUGUAGGAUAUGGAGGAUAACCUCUUGUGUGAUGCUUUAUACUGCAGGAUCUUCUCUGACUAUACCAACUCAAAGAUAUUAGUCAAUUCAUCCUUUGUUGUAGAUUUUGGGAGAAACUAUAGUUGGUUGCUUGUGAUGAGAUAUAGACUUGAUGGGAAUAAGUCUUUGGUAAGGAUGUUCACAAAUUUUAUUCUUCCUUUCGGCUUUAUAUCCCUUGCUCUCCUAUUUCUGUAGGAAGAGUUUAACAUUUCUGUUGGAACUUAGAACAGUACCGUAUCCUUUCUCCUUCUGAAGUCCAGUGAUAUGUUGUACAUGAUUUGUGACAGUAAGUUAUGAUGUAUGUAACACAAUGAUGUUUUGACAUUUCACCUUCAGACCUCUAUGAAUAUGUAUCUUUGACAACCAAAAGUCUGUCUUCAGUGACAAAGACUUGUUUUUGGUUGCAUGUUGUUAUGAAUUAUGAUACCUUUUUUUUCUUUCAA